AUGCCGACUAAACUGCCCCCUGCGAGAUUUGUCCGAUCGGUCCUAAAGUCCUUCAUGGCCGAGUCUGGUCUUGAGCCACGACUCUUUGGGCCGCACCUCCGCAUCACCAAUGCCACAGAAGGAAAAGUCGAUUUUGAGCUAGACAUUACCAAAGACCACACCAACCGAUUAAAAAUUCUCCAUGGCGGCACCAUAGCCAGCAUGGUCGACCUGGGCGGCUCGCUGGCCGUUGCCUCAAUGGGUCUCUACGCAACCGGCGUGUCGACAGACCUCAACGUAACGUACCUCAGCAGCGGCGGAAAAGUCGGCGACAAGAUCCAUGCCACAGCUACCUGUGACAAGAUCGGUAAGACGCUUGCUUACACUACUGUUACGUUCCGCAACCAAAAAGGCGAGCUUGCCGCCAGGGGUUCGCAUACCAAAUACGUCACACAGGCCUGGAGUGCAAGCCCGCCAUAUACACCUCCCGAAGGGGCUGUGAUAGCCGACGAGGUAGACUGA